GUUCGAUGUCCUCAAUAGUGAUGACUCAACUCAUUCAUAAUUAUUACCAUUCGUUGCGACACACCAACUGUGCUAUUUAGUCAGUGUAGACCGACGAUUCUUGUUUUGCUGCUGUGAAUCUUUCGAACUGAGAUGCCAUGUGGAGGGUUACGGUUUCUGUACUUCUGGCCUGGAGCGUCCAGUCGGCUCUGUCGCAGCUUGAAUGUAAACAGGUGGAUGGUUGUUCCUGUGAAAUGAGCGACGGCUCGGGGAGAAUUGAGCUGCGCUCUCUGGCUCAUCCCAACAGCGUGUACAGGAUCGACCAUUCCAUGUUCACCUUCCUAUACUCACCGUGUGAAGCUAUGCAGCAGGCUAACGUGAGCGAGUGUAGCGAGGCGACCUCUGUCUGCCAGCAGUGGAGGGACAACACUGGACAGGGGUACAACUAUGGCAGCACCGACUCCGCAAGGUUUUCUGUCGACCCGGAAACGAGCCAGGUCACAAUCAGCUACAGCCACGUUACGGACAACGCUACAAGGGUCUCGAACGUGAAUCUCGUCUGUGACCCAGGUCAGAGGGACAAGGCCUUGUUCGAGUUCGAGUGGGCCGAGCCCCUCCUGCUGAACUUUAAGCUGACUAGCGUGUGCGCCUGCCCAGGUGCCUGCCUGGCACCUGCUGUCACCUGCACCAUGAAGGACGCCUGCAGCUGUGAGAUGAGUGACGGGACAGGUGACGUCAACCUGCACCCGCUGGACAACCCCUGGGCGCCGCUCAGGUCCACCCACUUCCAGCCUGACCUCGGCCGGAACUUCACCUACUACUACAACCCCUGCUCCGGGUUCUCAUUUACCAACACGGUGUGCACCAACGUAUCGGCCUGUCAGGUCGACACGGCGGCUGAGCUCUACUACGCCAUCGGUGACGUCGCACCGCAGGCAAACGCUGAGGUCAGCCAAGAGGACGGAAGUGUCGUCUUUCACUACGUAUACUCAGAAAAAGACACUGGCCGCCGCUUUGACCUUCGUCUGAUGUGCGACCCUGACCAGCAUGUCCCAGAAUUCACCGCGCUGGGGGAGCCGUCCGAAAACUUCUACAUCAUAAGCCUGAAGACACGUUGCGCAUGCCCAGGACUGUGCAAAGAUGACCCAAUGGCUCGCAAAGCUCGAUACUUGAAGUGGAAGGCCGCCCACCCAGAUGAACGUAUUUCUCUGUGAGGCACAGUUUGCCAUUUUGUCGUUGGCAUUUGGCAUGUGGCAUGACAAAAUAACUCUACUCUACAUGCACACAGACGUUUCAUGUCACAAGAAACAGUCACAUUAAAUCAGACAACCUUACAAUAAAGGGUUGAAACUUGAAAGUAACAUCUUGAAACGAU